CAGAGAGUCAAACUUUAACACAAAAACAAAGACUCGAGAGGGAGAGAAAAUCGAAAUGGAAAAACCACCACCAUCACCGCCACCAACAGCAAACUCACCCCAAUGGUCAGGUCUCAAUCGAGACCUACUCGAAAAGAUAGCAAAAUGCAUCGACACUCGAACCGAUGUUCUCCAUUUCCGCGCCGUUUGCCCCACAUGGCGCUCUUCCACUCCUCUCCCACCAAAAACCUCAUUGCCUCCUCUCAUCAAACUUCCCUUCCCAAUUGGCCCAAACCCUCGUCUCAACCCCAAGCGCCGUGGCCACUUCACUCUCAAAGAAUCCACAAUCUUCUCCAUCGAACCCAUCACCAAAAUCUCAAACUCUUAUUAUUCCACCACCAAGACCUGGUUGAUCAAGAUCGAGUUUUUAACUGCUUCAAAUGAACCCAACACUAAAGUCCUUCUCAAGGAGCCUCUUUCAAGGUUUGCUUUUGAGGGUCUGAACCAAAAGUUGCCUAAAGUUUUGAACUUGCUCGACUAUAAGGUCUCCGAGGUGAGUAAAGUUUGUGGGCUUGAGUUUGUUGCUGUUGGGAAAAACCCAGAUGAGAUUGAUUUUAACGAAAUGAAAUCCAUCAGGAUUAGGAAAGUUGUAGUGUCGGACUCGAAGAAAGAUCAGGACUUUGCGAUCAUGGCUGUUCACACUGGCGCAAAACUUGGUGUGUGGAAAAUGGGUGAUAAGAAGUGGACUAACAUAGAUGAUGGGAGAGAGAGAGCUCUUUAUGAUGAUGCUGUUUAUUAUAAGGGAAAGUUCUACGCUGUGGAUAUCAAUGGGUUGGCUAUUUCCGUGGAUUCUUCUAUGAAGAUCAAAAAGGUUGCGCAUCCUUUACCUCGUUUUGGGUUUGGACAUGGUGGUCAGUUCAAGUAUUUGGUGAAGUCCCCAGAUGAGUUGUUUUUGGUGGACAAGUAUUAUGAUGUGGAAAGGGAAAUGUUUGAGGAUGAGCGUGUGGAUUCUGAUAGCGACAGUAGUGAUUUUCCACUUUAUUUGAUGGUGUAUAAGUUGAAUGAGGAAGAGUGCGAGUGGGUUAAGGUGAAGAGCUUGGGGGACUUAGCGUUAUUUGUGGGUGAUGAUUGUUCUUUCUGUGUUUCAGUUAAGGAUUACGUUGGAUGCAAGGCAAAUUGUGUGUAUUUCACUGAAGAUUCGUUCAGCAAAGGUGGAAGGGAUGAUUAUCCUGGUUAUGACACUGGGUUGUUUGAUUUGGAGGAUGGUACUGCUUCUCCAUUGUCAGCUUUUCCUGGCUAUUCUAAGGUUUUCUGGCCACCCCCAACUUGGCUCAAGGCUAAUUCUUGCUCAUCAGGCAUAACUGCGGUGACAAGUACCUUCAAUCAAAAGUUACAGAUAACAGGUCAUAGUCCAUGAGUCCGACCAACUUGCAAAAAAGGAAGAUUUAUGUACUUGAGGAUUUGUUAUCUUUUGCAGCUUUGGACUGAUGAUGAAGACUAAAACAUCACACUGAAGUUUGUUCUACACAGUUGUAGUAUUUACUAUUAAUCUUUUAGCUCCUUUUGUUGUUAAUCUCUUAGGAAUUAUGGUGCUGUUAGUAUUUUGGCUUUUAUAUAGUUAUUUACUAUCAAUCUUUUAGCUCCUUUUGUUGUUAAUCUUUUAGGAAUUAUGCGGCUGUUAGUAUUUUGGCCUUUACCUACUAAUAGUUUUAAGUUGGUAGUUCUUUGCUGUUUCAUCUAUGUGGGGAUUGUUAUCAACUUUAUUUUCUGUGUUUAUGAACUAUUUAA